GGAAUAAUGGUAGUCUCAUUUUACUCAUUCAAACAUAUCUUCACAUCUGUAAAUAACAGUAUCAAUGUUUUAUCACUUUAAACCGAAUGCAUUGCAGUUAACUUCCUGAUUGAGUUUAUCACAAGGAGUUUCACCACAAAGUUACAGGCUUUGAGCAGAAAUAAUGCCUUGCUGUACCAAUGUUCUUGGGAAAAUCCAAGCCAAACACAUAGAAGUAGAUGAUCUUGGAAAAGCAAAACAAUUUAGAUUAUUCAGCAUUGCUCGUCCAUACAUGCGAAGUUUCCACUCAUCGUGGUUUUGUUUUUUUAUCGCUUUCACUUCAUGGUUUGGGUUACAACCAUUACUCCCCACAAUAAGAAAAGAACUAAAGUUAUCAAAAACAGAUCUUGCCAACUCAGGUAUUGCUAGCGUUGCUGCUACCGUGGCUGUUCGGGUAAUUAUUGGACCUAUGUGUGACAAAUAUGGACCUCGAAAAACAAUGUCUUGUCUUCUAAUUUCUGGUGCUGUACCAAUGGCACUAGCUGGCUUAAUUAAAAGUGGUACAGGUCUGAUUAUAUUGCGAUUAUUCGUUGGAAUAUUAGGUGGAACAUUCGUUCCGUGUCAAUUCUGGACAACAGCAAUGUUUAGUUCGAAGAUAGUAGGAACUGCUAACGCCAUAGCUGCUGGAUGGGGAAAUCUAGGUGGAGGAUUUACUUUUAUUUUAAUGCCGGGCUUAUUUCGGUUAAUGGAAGUAUUUGGAGCAGACGAAUUUCUGGCAUGGAAGAUAGCAGUCGUCAUACCUUCAGUUAUCUGUGUUUUCAUAGGGAUUUUAAUACUGUUCUCUUCUGAUGAUUGUCCACAAGGCCAUUGGGAAAACCGAAUAUUGCCACCAUCAGCAAAAUUACUGGAAAACACAAAAAAUAAAACGCAGGGUGUUGCGAAUUUAGGAUUUAAAAAUGACUCAAAGAAAGUUGAGAGGUCGAAUGAAGUCGAAAAGGAAACGAAUGUAGACAAACUGGAAGUACAGACGUCUCCCAUAGAACAGACAAAUGAAAAUAAAGAGCCAACCACCCCAGUCGACAAGUUUUGGGCAGCUGUUACGAUGGUGGUUUUGGUGAUGCAGUAUGGAAUGUGUUUUGGAGUAGAAAUUGCUGUCAAUACCGUUAUGAACCUAUAUUUUCUUUAUAGAUUUAAAAAGGAGGAUUGUUUGAAGGAUAUCACCAAUCCAUUCAAUACGACAAACAUGACUACCCCAAGUCUUGUCCGACUGGAAGAAACUAACGAAUGUAGCAUUGUUGAUCAGGAUACAGCUAGUUUGAUUGCAUCUUUAUUUGGUCUUAUGAAUCUCUUUGCUAGGGCAAUGGGUGGCAUUUAUUCUGAUGUGUUGCGUCAACAUUUAGGCAUUGCGGGUCGUCUGACAGCCCAUUUCACUUGUCUUGUAGGAGAGGGUGUAAUGCUGAUAAUCUUUAGUACUAUGUCUACUAUACCCAACGCCAUUGCUGUCAUGAUAUUUUUCAGCAUGUUUGUACAAAUGUCCGAAGGGACAACCUAUGCUAUCGUCCCUUAUGUCCUUCCAUUACACAUAGGUAUUGUAGCGGGAUUAGUGGGGGCAGGUGGAAACGCUGGCGCUCUGAUAUGGAAUACAAUAUGGCGACAGUUAGUCGAGGAGGAUCCAAGUCGGUGGUUUUGGCUCUUAGGAUUAACCGUUUUAUCUGGAAGCUUAUUGACGUUUUUAGUUGAGGUACAAGAUAAGCGAAUUUGGGAUGUAUUUGUUUGCUGUAAACGUCGGAAAAAGAAGUACAGCUUAUAAUAAUUGAAAAAUGGAAAAGAUGUUUUAGCAUCACUGCCUUUUUUCAAUUCAUUAUUAUUUUAAUAAAUAUGCAGUAUAUCA